GAUCCCAUGCCGUGUGCUGUAUAAAUUAAUGGAUCCCUCCACCUCCAUCGACCACCUCCAUUGAUCAAAGCUCGGCAGCUCAGGAGCUCGCAGCAAUGGAGCCUGAGGCCGAGUCCAAGCCCAUCCCUCUCAUGACGCCGUACAAGAUGGGCUCGACCCUCGACCUCGCCCACCGGGUGGUGCUGGCGCCGCUGACGCGGCAGCGCUCCUACGGCAACGUGCCGCAGCCGCACGCCGCCGUGUACUACGGGCAGCGCGCCACCGCCGGCGGGAUGCUCAUCACCGAGGCCACGGGGGUCUCCGACACGGCGCAGGGGUACACGGACACCCCCGGCGUGUGGACGGCCGAGCAGGUGGAGGCGUGGCGGCCCGUCGUCGACGCCGUGCACGCCAAGGGCGCCGCCUUCUUCUGCCAGCUCUGGCACGUCGGGCGCGUGUCGACCUACGGGUUCCAGCCCGGCGGCGCCGCGCCGGUGUCGAGCACCGAGAGGAUGGUCGGGCCGCAGGUCAGGCACGACGGCAGCCGCGAGGAGUUCUCGCCGCCGAGGAGGCUGGCCGUGGAGGAGAUCCCCUUGAUCGUCGACGACUUCAGGAAAGCAGCACGGAACGCCAUCGACGCCGGCUUUGACGGAGUGGAGAUCCACGGCGGCAACGGAUACCUCAUCGAGCAGUUCCUCAAGGACAGCGCCAACGACCGUGAUGACGGCUACGGUGGCAGCCUGGAGAACCGGUGCCGCUUUGCGUUGGAGGUGGUGGCGGCGGUCGUCAAGGAAGUGGGUGCCCAUCGUGUGGGCAUCCGCCUCUCGCCUUUCAUGGACUACAUGGACUGCCAUGACUCCGACCCGCACGCGCUCGGCCUCCACAUGGCCACGAAGCUCAAUGACCAUGGGAUCCUCUACCUCCACAUGAUCGAGCCCCGUAUGGCACUCGUCGACGGCCGGCGGGUGGUGCCGCACAGGCUGCUGCCCUACAGGGAGGCCUUCAAGGGCACCUUCAUUGCAAAUGGUGGGUAUGAUCGGGAAGAGGGGGAUAAGGCGGUCUCCUCGGGGUACGCCGACCUCGUCUCUUUUGGGCGGCUCUUCCUGGCAAACCCCGACCUGCCGAAGAGGCUAGAGCUCAACGCGCCGCUUAACAAGUACAACAGGAUGACGUUCUACAUCUCCGAUCCCGUCGUCGGUUACACCGACUACCCGUUUCUUCCUUGAUGUGUCAUUGAACCAUGAAUAAUGAUUGAUCCAUAUAUUGCCAUGUGAAAUUCAAAUGGAACCUUUUAUUUUUC